CAUGCAUCGUAAUCAUUUUUGUCCAUUGUUUUUUAUUUUUCUGUUAAUCCUCGGUUUUACAUUGGCCAAUCGUCCCAGAUUAGAUGAAUUCAAAGCAAAUAGAAAUCUAAAAGAAGGAACAAAGUUUACUAUCCUUUGUACAAUACUUGAAGGUUCACCACCAUUUGAAAUUGAAUGGCAAUUUAAUGAUCAUCUUUUGAAUGCCAAAACAAAUUCAGAUUAUCGAAUCGAUCAGAUUGAAGAUGAUCAAUUUAGAUUUACAAUUUCUAAACUUAAUGCAAAUCAUUCAGGAUCAUAUUCAUGUAUUGCCCGAAAUGAUUUUGGUUUUGAUCGACAAACUACUUAUCUCACGGUUACAGGUUUGUCUUAUUUACAAUUUCCAUUAGCCAUCAAUUCAACUGAACCAAAUAUGAUUUCACUUUCAAUAUUUCUGAUUUUUCUGUGUUGUUUUGUUUCACCAUCAUUGGAAUUGCCACCUAAACUCAGCGCAAUUUUGCCUUUACGUUUCCAGAAUGCUGGAUCAAAAUUUAAAAUAACAUGUUUUGCUGAAGAAGGUCAAAAACCAUUCGAAUUUGAAUGGCGUCAAAAUGAUCAGUUAAUAUCGAUGAAACCUUUUAAAUAUCAAAUCGAUAUUGAUGAUGAUACAUCGCAUUUAGCAAUCUUGAAUCUUGAUGCAAAAGAUUCUGCCAAUUAUUCCUGUAUUGUUCGUAAUGAUUUUGGUUUUGAUAGCCAAACAACUAUUUUAAAAGUUAAAGGUUUGCCUUAA